AGUUCCCCAGGGUGGGGGUCAGCUCUGGGUGUUUGGUGGAGAGUUUGCCUCUCCGAACGGGGAACAGUUUUACCACUACAAGGACCUCUGGGUGCUGCACUUGGCUACACACACCUGGGAGAACAUCAAGGCGCCCGGCGGUCCGUCAGGUCGCAGCGGUCACCGGAUGGUCCUCAGCAAGAAACAGCUGCUGGUGUUUGGAGGUUUCCACGAGAGCACCAGGGAUUUCAUUUACUACAACGACGUCUACUCUUUCUCCCUGGACACCUUCACCUGGUUGCGCCUUACUCCAUCAGGCACCGCCCCUGCCCCGCGCUCGGCCUGUCAGAUGACCUCCACGCCCGACGGCACAGGUGUUAUCAUCUACGGGGGAUACUCUAAAGUGAGGGUGAAGAAGGAUGUCGAGAAGGGGACCAUCCACUCCGACAUGUUUCUGCUGAAGCGAGAGGGCAAAGACGCCCAAGAGAAGUGGUCGUGGUCGAGGCUGAACCCGUCUGGUAGCAAGCCCUCUCCUCGCUCCGGUUUCUCUCUGGCGGUGGGCCCGGCAGGGCGGGCGGUGCUGUUCGGUGGGGUAUGUGACGAAGAGGAGGAGGAGGAGCUGGAGGGCGACUUCUACAACGACCUCUACCUGUACGACACCGUGAAGAACCGCUGGUUUCCCGGCGUACUCAGGGGAAACAAGUCAGAGAAGAAGAAACGACGGAGGGGGAAGAAGGGCGGAGCGGAGGCGGAGGGAGCAGACGAGGAGAGGGAGGAAGGGGAGGAGGCACCUCAAGCACCCACCGAGGUCAUCAAGGAGGUCGUCACCGAGGACGGCACUGUGAUGACCAUCAAGGAAGUGAUCCCUGGAGCUCAGGAGGAAGAGGAGGAGGAGGAGGAGGAAGAAGAGGAAGAGGACGAUGCCUCGGCCCCCCUAGUGGAGCCAUGCCAGAGGUCCAGCGCCAUGGCAACGGUGCGUCAGGGCAAGCUCUUCCUGUACGGCGGGAUGUUCGAGGUCGGCGACCGCCAGUUCACCCUGAACGACUUCUACUGCCUCGACCUCCACAAGAUGGAGCAGUGGGAGGUUCUGGUCGAAAUGGACCCGAAGACGCAGGAGUGGCUGGAAGAGUCUGAGUCAGAGGACGAUGAGGAGGAGGAGGAAGAGGAGGUGAAAGGAGCAGAAGGCGAGGAAGAGGAGGACGAGUCUGAGGAGGAAAGCGAGGAUGAGGAAGGUGAAGAACAACACCCCGCAGUGCAGGACGGAGAGACGGUGACGGAUUACCAGGCCCGUACGGAGCAGUACUGGAUUGGACUGGCACGUUCCAAUAUGGGCCCCGACGCCAAGGACAAAAAGGUUGCCAAGGUCGGCCUCGCCAUGGCCAAAGUCUUCUAUGAAAACCAGUAGUGGUGGGACACGCCAAACUGUCUGUGGCUGUGAGUGUGAAUGUGUGUGUGAAAUAUCUUUUUUAAAACAUGUCAUUUGAACAUAAUGCAAAUAAUACAAACUCUGAGCAUGUGAAACAUGAAUGUACAGGCUGUUUUCCAUGUGUGAGUUCACAGUUUUCAUCCACUUUCAAUAAAAUAACUCAAAGGAAACAAUA